UACCCGCACUGUCAUGGCAGCGGACACACUCGCCACGCUUACCUUGUGAAAACACAUUGCAAAGUCAAUUUUUUUGCUCGUUAUCAAUAAUAAUCAGCUUCAAAAAUGUCCGGCCGACAAAGCAACAAACUUCCAAACAACUUGCCACAACUUCAGAAUCUCAUCAAGCGAGACCCGCAGUCGUACGUAGACGAGUUUUUACAGCAAUACCGACAUUACCAGUCCAAUAUCCAGAUCUUUAAACUACAGCCGGAUAAACCCAACAAAGAGCUGGCAGACCUUGUCACGUUCCUGGCUCAGGUUGGCCACUGUUACCUGCAACAUCUGUCGACUUUCCCUCAAGAACUCACCGAGAUACUACUGAGUCAUCACACAGUUGUGGAGCCUGAUUUAAGAAUGACCUUCUGCAAGGCUUUAAUUCUUCUAAGAAACAAGGACCUGAUUGACCCCACCGGCCUCCUAGAGCUCUUCUUUGAGCUACUGCGAUGUCACGACAAGCUGCUCAGAAAGACUUUGUACACACACAUCGUAUCCGACAUCAAAAACAUCAACGCCAAGCACAAAAACAACAAAGUGAACACGGCGCUACAGAACUUCAUGUACACCAUGCUGACGGACCGGAACCCCAUCGCCGCCAAGAUAUCGCUGGAUGUGAUGGUGGAACUGUACAAGAGGAACAUUUGGAACAACGCCAAGACGGUGAACGUCAUCACGACAGCGUGCUUCUCCAAAGAGACAAAGAUCCUUGUGGCGGCUCUUAAGUUUUUCUUGGGAACAGAUGAAGAAGACAAGGAUGGCAGUGAUUCGGAAUCAGAGGCCGAGGGACCAACAACACGUGACCUGAUGGUGAGAUACUCCACGGGCAAGAAAACCUCCAAAAACAAGAAGAAGCUAGAAAAAGCCAUGAAAGUCCUCAAGAAACACAAGAAGAAGCAGAAAGCGGAAGUGUUCAACUUUUCUGCCAUUCACCUCAUACACGAUCCUCAAGACUUCUCAGAGAAACUUCUGAAGCAGCUGGAAGACUCCAGAGACCGCUUUGAGGUGAAGAUGAUGAUGAUGGAGCUCAUAUCCCGACUGGUGGGAAUCCAUGAGCUGUUCCUCUUCAAUUAUUAUCCAUUCCUCCAGAGGUUUCUACAGCCCCAUCAAAGGGAGGUGACAAAAAUCCUCCUGUGUGCAGCCCAGGCUUCCCAUCAGCUUGUCCCACCUGAGAUUACCGAGUCGGUGAUCAGGACCAUCGCUAAUAACUUUGUGACGGACCGAAACUCGGGCGAGGUCAUGACUGUUGGCAUCAACGCCAUCAAAGAAGUGGCAGCCCGCUGUCCGCUCGCCCUCAGUGAGGACCUGUUGCAGGACCUGGCCUUGUACAAGACCCACAAAGACAAGAAUGUGAUGAUGUCUGCCAGGAGUCUCAUCCAACUCUUUAGGAAUCUCAAUCCACAGAUGCUGCACAAGAAGGACAGGGGAAGACCCACUGAGGCAUCAGCAGAGGCUAAAGUGAAGGACUACGGUGAGCUGGGAGCUAAAGAUUACAUACCCGGAGCAGAGGUGCUGGAAGUGGAAGAGAAAGUCAAAGAGGGGGAGGCGGAGGAAGACGGCUGGGAGAGCGCCAGUAUCAGCGAUGAUGACGCAGACGGGGAGUGGGUGGACGUUCACCACUCAUCUGAUGAAGAUACAGGAGAAGUGGCGGAGAAGCUGAAGAGUGUGCCGGCUGAAGAACGAGAAGCCAAGGCGGCUGCGGUGAGCAGCAGCAGGCUCCUCACGCAGGACGACUUCAGGAAGAUCCGACUGGCCCAGAUGGCCAAGGAGAUCAACACUGCACCGGGCAAAGGGACGAAGAGGAAAGCGGUGGACAGUGAUGAUGAAGAGUGCAGAGGAGAGCUGCUGACCUUGAGAGAUAUCGAGAAGCUCCACAAGAAACCAAAAUCAGACAAGGAGACACGAUUGGCAACAGCAAUGGCGGGCCGAACGGACCGUAAGGAGUUUGUGAGGAAAAAGAACAGAUUGAACCCUCACGCCAGCACCAGCAACAAGGAGAAGAGGCGGAAAAAGAACUUCAUGAUGAUGAGACACAGUCAGAAUGUCCGGAGUAAAGGCAAACGCUCCUUCAGAGAGAAACAGAUUGCCCUACGGGAGGCACUCCUCAAAAAGAGGAAGCAGUACAAAUAGGACUUGUGGACGUCGAAACUGACUGCAUUAAAUCAUGUCCCCAUCCCUCACCUACUCUUUAAAUGUACCUUCAUUAUGUUACUUCCAACAAGUCAGCUGCAUAAGUUUUCUCAAAUAAAUACAUGAUCAUUAAAGUAAUGUGUUUUUAA